AGUAGGAGCGCGUCUUUGCCUCGGCUUUGCUGAAGCAGGGAUAUUCCCCGGUGUGGCAUACUAUUUGACGCUCUGGUAUCCUCGUCAUAUGGUCCAGACUCGCCUCGCUCUGUUCUGUGGUGGCACUACACUCUCUGGUACGCUUCGCAAUGUGUUACGUCUCGCUCGUAUCUCGCCUUACCGUUAGCUCUACUUGAAGGCGCAUUUUCCGGGAUCCUCGCCUACGGCAUUUCGUUCAUGUCAGGUACUGCCGGGUUGCUUGGCUGGUCUUGGCUCUUCGUAUGCAAUGUUCAUGAUCCCGCUCGUACCGAUGUCACUGACGCAGUGUCUUUCGCUCAGAUCAUUGAAGGAAUAGCGACGAUUGUUGUGGGAACUGUCGCGUUAUUCGUAUUGGUAGACUUCCCAGAGACGGCUGCGUUUCUCACCGAUGAAGAACGUGCUUUUAUUGCUUGGACGAAGAAUGUUGACAACUACGCUAUCGGAGAGGAAGAACAUUUCGAAAUGCGCCAUGUGACUGAUGCUUUGCUGGACUGGCAGAUCUGGCUGCAAAUUAUUCUGUACUGGUGCAUCUGCGUGCCACUAAACGGGAUGGCACUUUUCCUACCGUCUAUCAUUGAUGGGUUUGGCUAUGGUACGGCGGUGAGCCAGCUACUCACUGUUCCGCCAUAUACCUGCGCCACGAUUGUACUAGUUGUAUUCGCGAUCUGGUCCGAUCACAUCAGGCUACGUUCACCCUUCCUUUUAGCUGGUCUACUGAUCAGUCUCGUUGGAUUUGUGAUCAAUAUCUCUGACGCACCCACUGGUGUCAAAUACUUCGGGACAUUCUUCUGCGUGUCUGGUUCAUACGCAGCUUUUCCUGGAGUUGUUGCAUGGCUUGGCAACAACCUCGCUGGUCAGUACAAACGUGCAAUCGGAAUGGCUCUUCAAAUCGGUAUCGGAAACUUCAACGGCGCUAUUGCCAGCAACGUGUACCACUCCCAGGAAGCACCACGGUACAUCAUGGGACAUGGUCUUGAGAUCAUGUUCAUCGGUGUCGGCCUGGUGGUUUUGCCUGUCAUUGUCAUGCUAUACAAACGGGAGAACGACAACGCACUGGCAGAAAUGGAGAAGGGCGUGGUCACGUAUAGCGACGAGCAGUUGCGACGGAUGGGAGACCGCGCUCCGCAGUUCAGGUACAUGCUAUGACUGCACGAAAUUGGCGUGUACAAGCUACUAGGUCGGUCGACGAUCUCGAAAAACCAAGGC